ACUAAAUAGGCGCCUAUAUUGCUUGAUGGAAGAACGAUACAAAAUCAGAUAAGCAUUAAGAUUAUAAAUACUGUAUUUUUUUCAUUUUUUUCACAACAUAAGUGGGCUGGCUAUACAUUGUUGUACUGGAUAUAAAAAAAUCAAAAUGAAAUAUCUCCUGUCAGCAUGCUUCUUUGCUCUUGCAGCAUCUGCGGUACAAGCCGAGUUUAAGUGUCCUCUACCGGGAAAUGAAGCAACCUACUGGCCAGAUCCAGUUAAUUGUGCUGAAUAUAUUGAGUGUUAUGUUGGAAAGGGAAUUAUCAUGGAAUGUCCAUCAGGUUUAUGGUGGAACCAAGAGAAACAAUAUUGUGACUUUAAAGAGAAUGUUGACUGCAAAAUCGAUCCCUCAGCUCCAACAGAGGCUCCACGUACAAGGGCACCAGAUCCUACUCGACCAACAGAUUUUACUCCAGAUCCUCAUUGCCCUUAUCCCUCUGACGUAAUUACCUACGAUUAUGUUCCUGGUAAUUGCUCGCAAUAUUAUGAAUGUGACCACGGACUCAGAUAUCUUGAAACUUGUCCUACCAAUCUGUUAUGGAAUCAUAUUAAAAACUAUUGUGAUUUUCCUAGUGAAGUUGACUGCAGUCGUGCUCCAGUAACAACUACCACACCAGGACCUUCUACUACCCCAAAUCCAAUUUGUGUUGGAAAAGAUGACGGAACCCUGUUACCAGAUGAAGAUGAUUGUGCUAAAUAUUACGAAUGUCUAAGAGGAGAGGCAAUUCAAUUUACAUGCGCACCUGGUACUUUGUGGGAUCAAGACGAGCUUACUUGCGAUUAUCCUAGUAAAGUUGAUUGUAAAGUAACACCAGCGAGUUUUUAAAUUUGUAUUUAGUGUUUUUAGGAAGUCAACAUCUUUUCGUCAAAAAUUUAUUUUGUAUAGAGUUAAAUUAUAAAAAAAUAAAUAUUUAACCUCGUA